AUGUCUUCUCCAACUUCUCAAUUCGCUAUCUCGAGCACAAGUGGGCCGAGGAAAGCGACUAAAGGAAGGAAACAAGAAACGGAGAGGAAGAGCCAAAUGGACGACGAACACCUGAACGCGGUAUUUCGCUUCAAGCACAAGGCGCCCAGUGAUCGUCAGGACGCGGCGUUGAGCUGGACUUUGAUGGAGCGCUUCGAUACUUUCGUGAACACUCUCGAGGCGACCGAGCUUGGCAACCUCAGCUGUGGUCGCUUGGACCCGCUCGCGGACGAUCGAGUCGUCCCUGCUGCGGCCUUUAGCCGUCAUGAGCUUGAAGUGCUGAAGGAAGAGGUCUGUCGAUGUCUCGCAGCUUCACCGACGGAGAGCCAUCGGCGGGGAGAUGUGUGGUACGAUCCGUGGCUGCCCAUGUACGGCUGUGCCAUCCAACGAACCAAGCUGAGUUCUACUCGGGUGAAGCUGGAGAUUGGUUUUGUCGACGGAUGGGAGCGCGCUCUGCACUUCUUGCCCACCGGAGAGUGCAUCCACAGCUCCGUUCCUAAGACGCAUCGCACUUUGCACGGUGAAGAGCUGGACACGCAGUUGGAGGAGAAAUUCGCGAAAACGUUCGCGUUCGAGCUGCAGGAAGCUCAAAAGCGCUCGAAGUCGGGACGGAGCGCGGCAACAAAUGAGUUGGGACACCAGAAGACGCCGCAGUUCAUUGCUGCGGUGGUGCAUCGCUCCGUUGCAUUGGUCACCGGCCGAGGAGAUGAGAGUUCUUUUGCUCCCAACGGUGGCACUACGGACGUGGGGCAGCACACAGGCGGCCGACCUCGUGACACUUGCUGGGCGCUUGUCAAGGCCGCGAUCGAGAGGAACCUGUGCUGUGGGAGGGGGUUAUUUCGCAAGACUUUGACGUUGUUCAAGCUGAGUUUGAUCCAGUCCGAGAUUGCCAGAGCUGAAGAUGUCUUCUCUACGGACUCGAUCGAUGUCAAGCGUGGCUGCGACUUGGUGGACGACUUGUUCUUCAUGCUGCAAGUCGUUGUUCAGCACGUCAUCGAGCUGUUGGGAGACGGCUACGAUGUCGCGUCACUUCAAGAGCAGUGCGCUGACUCGAGAGCUAGCAUUGAUGGGUUUGUGGGCGCCUUAAACCUCCAGACGGCUAAGCAGUAUGUGCUGCCGGAGUUUACCGCCUUGCAGCAGCUCAACGGAUUGAGCUGUGGUGUCGAGAUUUUGUCGCCGAAACGUGAUAACGAGUCAAGCAGCAGCGAAAGUAUCGAGGACUGUCGACGCCGUGCACUGGUGAACCUGAAGCCAUGCCAAUUCGUUGGCGGAGCUUCCUGCAGUCUCGAUAAUUUGCUCCUCUGGGUGAGAUCCGACAACGCCGCUCCCCAGUCGUACAAGCGCAUUUUGACGCUUCGCACAAUCGAGGCGUUCCUGUUUGCGAGGUCGCCUGCAUUGGUCGACGGCGGGAAUGUUCAACAAGCAGAGGAUGGCGACGAGCUCUUCGUAGCGAACAUGCAGUCGCUCGUCACUCACUACCAGAAAAUCGCAGAUGAGUGGCGCCAACAUCCCCAGCGGACGUCCGUUCUGAGCGCGGAGCAGCGCAGUCGCCAACUGUUGAUGUGGAUCGCGUUCUGCCUCGUUCACCAGAAAUGUCUGCACGAAUUCCCGCUGUGCUCCGAGUAUAACAUCGCUUUGGAAUGGAAGGACCUGAAGGUCGCUGUCCUGAGCGAUCGGGCAGCGGUGGAAGCUCUUCAGCGUGUGGCGCAGUACGUUCGUGGGUGGAAUUUAAAGACUGGAGGGGCUCGGCUGUUCCAUUUGACGGACCAAGAGCCUACCUUUUCCUUUGCGUGGAAGUUUGCCGAAGGUAAUCCCAGCAUGGAAGAGCGCUACAAUCAGGAAGUCGAGGCGUGGAAGGCGCAUGUGCAGAGUGAGUGGAGUGAAAUCGAGGCGAAGAAGGAAAGGGUGGACAACCUCCGUGCCGAUAAGACGCGUCUGAACGAGGACCUACGCUCGCACCACAACGAUCUAGCGCUUGAAGAGGUUCGCUACCGACAGAGCCCUCUCAAGUCGCAACUGCAAGGUGACAUCCAGAGGCUCACCACCUCGCUCCAGCAAACGGAGGCAACGCUACAACGGACCAUUGCUAUACCUCAUUACCUGGUCCGGCCGCUUCCACCAGCGAAGGAAGACGCGUGCAAGAUUCUGUUUAUGCUGACGAUGCCACGCGAUCUCAAGAUUUUGGGCAACUUGUGUCUAACUGCCCAGCGAUCCCUAGCACCACCCAGGCCGACCGCUGAGAUAAAGGAGUUACCAAAGCCUUUCCGGAUGACAAGGUGUUCACUGCGAGCCCACGUAAAAUUCAACCUUCCAAGCUCCUAUGGCCCCAGAACGGUUGACGCCGUGUCGAACCUGAACCAAUACGAGUCGGAAUGUGUCUGGAAUCCGACCUUGCGUGGCACUGCGUGGAUAUGGCGGGACGAAUCUGGAGACGGUGUGAAUCCCUUCGCUGCUACGCCGACGAGCGUGGUGAACAGCUUUAUUGAGAAAUUGUCUGAGCCUUACUCGUGGAUGAAUGCCUGGCCCGGUGGAAACGACACUCGAGGGAAUCUGGUGUAUGUGAACCUGCACCUACUGAGGUAUUGUGAAGCUUUCGAAAAGUCCUCGUUCAUCGCUUUUGGGUCUCUGCGAGCGUACCCAAACCAGCAGUAUCGGAAGCUACUGAUGGCGUUGCUUAACGACGUCUUUCUGUGGUCGAACGCUAGCGUCGGAACAAUCGAUGAGCCCCAGCCGCAGAUACUUGGGAAAACGGAUAUGCAUCACGAUUCGAGAGCGUUUUGCUCCGUAUUCGAACAGGCUGCCAACAGGUUAAAGCAUACCCCACGCAGUUUCGAGAGCGUACCUCUUCUCAGCGAGUUGGCGGGAUAUGCACUCCAGUUCUCCAACGAUGCUCUACCCAUCGUGAAGACUUUCGCAGGAAUGGCAAGGCGCUGGGCGGCAGGUGCGCAAGAAGGCAACGAGAAGGAAUCGGACUUGAAUCGAAUUGCUGAGGCUCGGCAAAAGGAGUGCGUGCUGUAUGGCUACGCGCUCCUGGCGUACUCAUUGGGGCCAUGGGACGAUGAAGCGGCUCGAGAGGUGUGCGAGUUGAUUGUUUGUUUCCGCAAGUCUUUUUUCCUGUGCGCAAGCAUCGACGAGGCGGCUACGACAGACAUACUUCGAGUGGAAAGCAGAGUGACUGAGAUGAUGGCGCGUCGAAUUGAGGAGUUGAUUGCCUACGUGGAAAGGAGCGACGUAGAUGAAGUUCUGACUGGUUUGGUUCGCCUCGUGAGCGAGGCGUGGAUAGUUCUGACCGAUGGGAAUCCUCGUGGAGGGCUUCCUACCGAUAUUAGAGAGCACGUGCGCUUCUUAGAGCUGUUCGGACCGCGCAAUUUUGGGGUGGUUUCAGCUGAAGGCGCGCUUCGAACUUCGCGCGCUUACUGUGGUCGGUUAUAUGACUUCGCCCUUCAUGGUGGUACGGAGCUCUUCGUCCAGGAGCUUACAGCAGACCCCCAAGUGGCAGGAAAGAUCUCGAGUACUCUGCAGUUGUGCUCGGCCAGCUGGAUUGAAGCCCGGUAUCUGGUGCUCGAGCUGCAAGCCAAAUCCGACACGUCACGGCCGGAGGUGCGCAUGCUGCUACCGUUGGGCCCCGUGGUUGACGCUUCUGGAGGAAUGGUUGAUAUCAGUGUUCCCAGUGAAGUAGACGGCCUUGUUAGUGUGGUUUGCUACGACGUUCACCGCCGCCUGAGGACGUUUGAAACCGAGACGAUUGGCGCGAGACUGCAGUUGGCCGCGGUUUGUGUUCGAGCUGGGACGAAUGUACCGAGCAAGCGGCUGCAGAUGACGGGAGCUGAGGCAGCGCUGCAAAUGCUACGAGGCUGUCGCUCCAGCCAGCCAUUUUCAGGCUUUGAGAGGGAAACUUUGGAAACUAUUAGCAAGCUGAGCUACCGGGAGCCUGCGGUGAAGAUGUUGGCUGAAGCGUUGGUGGCAAGUGCUAACAAUUUAUCAUUUCUCUUUGAUGCUGGAGAUGAGGCAGAGACCAAAAGCAGUCCUCACGAGAAAUCAGAAUACGCGGACAUGUGUGUAUCCCCACUUCAACGCAAUCCGCUGCGCACCCAGCUACGAAGCGCAGAGGAGGUCAUUCUUGGACACGUUCAACGCUCGCUAGUUGCUGCUUCUUCUCGUGACGAGGUGUCGGUAAGCUCUCCUCCUGGUGUUGAGAGCUUCGUGAAGACCACUGAAAUCGAGCUUGGGCGCUUUCUAAGCUCUGCGCCAGCACCAAAGUCAACCGCUCAACUCCAGAUAAAACAGGGUGCAGCGAAGGGAAUGAUCAAAGAAAUGCUCGACGAGUUGCGGAUUAGUUGGGACUGCCACCACUCGCAGCCUCAAGCAGCGCUGAACGUGGCUGAUCAAGCAUUUGACGACUCUACUCGAUGA